AUGGCAAGCAGACGACAACGAGAAUUUGACAGAAAAUACAGUUCAUUCAGGAAAUAUACAGCAACAGAGGAUGUUAAUUAUGCAUCACACGUAACACGCAGUUCCUAUCGGUCAGAAUCGGUCACACAUCGAAGUGGCGAAAGGGGACGAAGUUCGUCAUCCGAAAUUAUUAGUGUUCAGCAGGGUCAAAUUGUUGAAGUUUUGGACAAAAAAAAUGCGUCAUCAUGGCUUAUUAAGACAAAGGCUCGCCCAUCGAAAACUGGAUGGGUACCAGGUUCAUAUUUUGAAUCGCCUGCAGAGUAUUAUAAGCAAAGACGAAGAACACGGGAGAUCGAUGGAGGUGACUUAAAUUUGACCGAAGAACAGGAGGCAAUUAUGAAAAGAGACCAAGUUUACCAAGAUCUUCUUCGUUCUGAGGAAGACUUUGUUGCUGAAUUACGGCACUUAGUGGAAGAUUAUGUUAGCGUGCUGGAAACAGCUCAUCUACCAAAAGAGGUGGACGAAGUACGAAAUGAGCUGGUGAUGAACCUGAAAGAAUUGUGCAACUUUCAUGCAAAUGUAAUGCUAAAAGGUCUGCAGUAUUACUCGGAUGAUCCUGGCAAAGUUGGACAAACUUUUGUCCGUUUAGAACGAGACUUGGAAUUGCACGUUCAAUUCCAUACACAACUACCAAAAGUUUUGCAGUUACUUACCCAGCAACCAAUACAGCAGUUUUUACAG